AUUUACGAUAAAUGUGGCAACACUGCUACUUGAUAGGGUUCGCUUUGCCGAUCUCGACAACACUAUUGUUCGUUCACUCAUUCUCAGUUCACUUCAAUCAAACCAAUCAUUCAAUUCUGUACUUUUUUUUUCAAUAUCUAUCUGGGAAUGUACUGGGGCGUACGCAUAGUUAUGUGCUAUAUAUUUGGUAGUGUCGUAAUUUAAUAUAUAAAAGUAAUUUGUCCAGAUUGCAGACAUUUCAUUAUAUUAUAAACAAUAGCUGAUCUAUAUACUAACGUGAAUUCAUCGCCCCUUUUGAUCAAUUUUGUUUGUGCUACUUAUCAACAUGAUAAAGGCAUGACUCAUUAACCUGACAACUUAAACUAAGAUGGCGCUUAAACAAGAAAGUGUGCCGGCGCUUGCGUCUCCGAUGCUGCACCGCACCGAAUAUCGGGAAGCCGGCCCACCGCCUUUGGCCACUGAGGAAUUCGAAGAGGACGAAUUCCAAGAUGCCGCCGAAGAGCAACUUGAGUAUACCAUGGAUUUACAAACGGCCUUCGAAGAGUGUGAGGUUGCAAUGAGAAAAUUUUUCAAUAACGACCUGGUGGGAGCGUCGAAUAUAAUGAAACCUUGGUGUCGCACGUCUCUGUACCAUAGUCUUGGCAUGUCCAUCUUCGAGUUCAUUCCCGCCAUGUUGACCUUCGACCACGGGCAGAUCAACCGCGCCCUGGCGGCGCUCAAAGUAUGCAUCUCCAUCUGCAAUCAGCAUCGCAGGAACUUCUCACUCGUCGAGAGUAUUGGCACUAUGAUAAGAAAGCCAAACUUUAGCACGUACACAGACUUAGAGGCGCACGCCGAACUAUGCUACGCGGAAGCUUUGCUGCUCCAAGCCAUGAUGACUAUUAUGGAGGGGGAGGAUCUUACCGGCCUUAUCAAAGGCACCAUCAAAGUCAAGAACUGCUACAAUAGCUAUAAAGACUGCGCCAAGAUUCUUGCGCGCAAACAGUGGGAGAGUGAAACGUCACGGAUACAUUUCCAUAGCGGCGUGCGCCUGGGCACCGCCACGUUCAAUGUGAUGAUAUCGCUGCUGCCGCCGAGGAUCAUCAGUCUGCUGGAGUUCGUCGGCUUUUCAGGAAAUAAGAGCUACGGUCUGACAGAGCUGGUGGCCGGCAUGCGGUCCGCGGGCCUGCGGGCCGUGCUGUGUGAGCUCACGCUGCUCGCGUACCACCUUGUUAUCUGCCACUUCAUCGGCGCGCGGGGCGACCUCGACAUCUGCCAGGAGAUACUGGACAAGGAGCUCAAGGUGUACCCGGAUGGUGUAUGGUUCCUGCUGUUUAAAGGGCGGCUCGAACUGAUGCGAGGCAUGUUCAACCCCGCCAUAGUCACGUACAACUUAGCCAUAGACAGCCAGGACAUGUGGUUGCAGUUCCGACAUGUCUGCUACUGGGAGAUCAUGUGGGUUAAUGGGUUAAAAAUGGAUUGGCGGCAAGCGGCAGUGUAUGCCAACAAGCUAAUGGAGGAGAGCUCGUGGUCGCGGACGAUCUAUACCUACACCAAGGCCGCGCUGCUGCUGCAACUAGGGGAAGACCUGAAGCUCGGGGAGCGACAGCAGUGCAACGAUCUUAUGAGAAACGCGUCUUACUACAAGCAACGCAUCGCAGGCAAAUCGCUCCCGAUGGAGAAGUUCAUGAUCAAACGUUGCGCGCGCUACAGCACGCAGGGCCACCAGCUCGUGCUGCCCGCGCUGGAGCUGCUGUGCCUGUGGAACAUGUUCCCGGUGCUCGCGCGGCACGAGCGCGCCGCGCAGGAUGUGCUCAAGUUAAUAGAAACUACCCGCGACCGCCUGGACGCUGGCCCUAAGGAAUGGAUGGCUGGCUACGAGGCCGACAACCGCGCGCUGCUAUGGUACCUGCACGGGUGCUGUCUCUCCGCCAUGGGCCUCCCGCGCCUCGCCCUGGACUCGCUUGACUCCGUUAUGCUGUUGAAGAACGAGAUCAAAGAGGACACUUUCCUGCUGCCGUAUGCGAUGGCCGAGAUCGCCGUGUGUUACCAUUACUUGGGCGACGAUGACCGCGCCCUGCAAAUACUCACUGACACCAGGAAAAAGUAUUCCGGAUACUCACUAGAAUCGAGGCUUCAGUUCCGUAUGCACUCAAGGAUGAUCAUGAUAAAGGAAAAAGAGCAGAAAAACAAAACUGAAUCCAUAAAAAAAAAAUGCGUCGUAAAGUUGUAAUGUAGUAAUAAUGUUGAUUACGAUGACGGUACUUUGCUUAGUUUAAAAACGUGAUUGUGAGUGUUCCUCAUUUCUACAUAAUGCGAAAAUAUAGUGCCGAUAUCAAAAGGUCUGCGGAAACAGAGACUGUUGUUAAUCCCCGCAGCAGACUGGGAUAUCAAGUCUCUGUCUUUUUGUAUGACCAUAUAAGGACAUAAACACUUCACGCCAAUAAAAGGGGCCUUCUGGGCUACCCCAUACAGCUCACGCACGCUCCUUGAGUCCGUAUCGUAUAACAUUGCAGGUGGUUAUGAGCUUAGCAAGAUGUCUGGAGUUUAAUUAAUCUUAGUCAACUGUUAUGUUAAAUAUUGUCGUUAUAUUUGUAAACUACGUACUUGACGUAGAAAUAAACCUUCAAAGGACUAUGCGUCAAAAUGUUCAUUCAAAUAUGAAUAUAUGUACUUCAUUUCGUUAUAUGGGCACCAAGCGGAAAUCCAUUGCGGAACUGAGAUAUUUAUAUUUUUUAAUCACACUUGCUCGAUAAAGAUCCUAUUUCAUGCAGGUAUACUGAAAGACUAAGGCAUGUAUUGCUUCCCGCGACGACGACGACGCUGACGUUUAUAAUUUACAUUUUAUCUUAAAAAAUAUUCAAUUUGUUCAUAGCUGUUUAAAUUACAAUAGUGAUGAAAAACAUUGUCUAUAACUCCGGGGCUAAGAAUUUUACAAACUCGAAUCUUUAAUGCACUCCAACAUGCGGCUGUCGUGCAUCUAAAGUUCAUCAAAAAAUUUUACUUACCCCCCCGUUGCACAAUGUACAACAUGUCAUCAUCCUUAUUACCUACACAAUAGAGUCCACCGCUAGGCGAGUGAGGCGAAUGGUUUGCUGCGCUUGCUGCGGUGCGCACACAUCUACCCUGCAGCAAUUAAUUUACUUUCUUAGACUCUAUUGCAUAGGUAAUAAAGGUGAUGACUGAUGACAUUUUGACUAAAAUACAAAUAUCUCCGUUCUGCAAGGAAUUCCCCUUGCUGCCCAUAGAACGAGAUGAAGUACAUAGAAAUACCCAUCUAAUGACCACUUUCACUUAUGAUCGUUUUUGGACCAGGCUCCAUACAAAGUUGCCAAUGAUCCAUUAUAAGAGAUGCUACUAGUUGAAAACUAUAAAUAUAAAUAAUAUAAAUAAAUAAAUAUAAAUAUUAUAGGACAUUAUUACACAAAUUGACUAAGUCCCACAGUAAGCUCAAUAAGGCUUGUGUUGAGGGUACUAAGACAACGAUAUAUAUAAUAUAUAAAUAUUUAUAAAUACUUAAAUACAUAGAAAACACCCAUGACUCAGGAACAAAUAUCCAUGCUCAUCACACGAAUACAUGCCCUUACCAGGAUUUGAACCCGGGACCAUCAGCUUCGUAGGCAGGGUCACUACCCACUAGGCCAGACCGGUCGUCAAACAAACUAACUAAAACAAACUAACUAACUAAACUAUGUACAAAGCUACGUAUCUAAAGUCUACAAAUCUUUCGGGUUCCUUGUGAGGUACCGUGUACAUAUAUGUCUUUGAUAUUCCGUGCGAGUGCAUUCUUUCUAUUCCUUGACAUAAUGAAUUAGAGUUUCUAACAAAGAAUUAUUGAUUGCAGAAAACAUUGUGCCACCUAGUUUGACAGUUGACAUACAUGGCGCUGUACUGCGUCAUCAGUUUUGUUGCCACCGGAUUGUCAAAAUGAACCUGUUUCUAAUAAGGUCGCUUGUAGACGUUUGGCGUUUUCACCGGACAUUUGUCCGCGUUCGGCGAUGAAGUCUUGUUUUCUUGGUUGUAGCUGUCGGUAGCCACAUACAAAACUGGACGUAGUCGCGUAACACAGUCCGUUGUCCGGCGAAAAUACCGGACGUCUACAAGCUACCUAAGUAUGUUAGAAAAUGGAUCCAUCGACAUAUAUAAGAAUUAUAGUUUAAAGAAUCAACUAACAGCAUUAGUGAAAAUAUUAGUACAAAUUCGAAUCAAUAUCAGUAAAGUAUAUGACAUCAACAAUCUAUGUAGGAAAACGAAUAGCGAGUAACAUGUAGGUUUAGCUCAGGAGCGUAUCUACUUAUCUAGGUAGGCGAGGUAGACUAGGAACCCAUCCCUCUCUAAUUAAUACAGUUUAAAAAAACGGGUAGUCUAUCUAGACUGUCGCAGCGCCCCAGUGCUAAGCCUAUUGGUUUGUUUAAGGAAUAAGAGACUAUAUCCCCCUUAUUCAUAAACGUCUACUAAAGUUAACAAGCCGCUAAUAAUCUUUUGUCCCUUUCCGACGUCUUAGUAUGAUGGAAAGGAACAAACGAUUAUUAGCGGCUUGUUAACUUUAGUAGACGUUUAUGAAUAAGGGGGAUAUCUAAUGUAAUAUUGAAUUCAAAACCUAUUUUAUUUACUUAUAUUUAGAAAAUUAUGAGGAUAGUUCUUGUAAUUUAAAAAAACCAAAUUCGAUAAAUACAACCAAAUAAAUGAAUAUUGUAACAACAAAUUGUUUUGUAACUUUUUGCCAUCUUUGUAUUUAAUUUAUUAUUUGCCUGUCUGAGCUUGUAAUUUUUUUUAAUGUGCUUAAAAUGUGCCUUUGCAUUUAAGAUAUAUUUUAAUAACUAUAAUGAAAAGGGAAGUCCCUGAAUGAAGUAGUUUUAUAUUUACUUUAAAGGCCUUAUACGACUUAGGCCUGAACCUAUUAGUGAAAAAAAAAACUAUUAAGGCACUAAACAACCAUUUUUCCUAUAGGUAAUUGUCGAAUGAAAAAGGCGCUACUACAACCAUAAAUUCGUGUGAAUAAUUCCCAAAAGGAGCUACUUAGAUCCAACUAGAAAACAUUUUAAUUUCCACGAUUCCCAGACUUAGGUUGAAAGACAAUUAAACUGUCCCUACAGAAUAGUAUAGGUAAUACUUACGUGUUCAGGUUUGGCUCUCUACUAUUUCUUGUUUUUAAAUAAGUGGUAAGAAUAAAUAUGUAAGUAUAUUUUUUUAAACUGUUCGUAUAUUUUUGCUACUAAUACGUAUUUAGGGAACAUGAAUAAUCAAGUUAGUUUGUUUUUUAAAUAUAUUAUUCACUCUGGAUCAUAGAGAAAGUUGUUCAAAAUGUUUUUUUUUUUUUCCUAAAAACUACCAUUUUUACGCUUAAUCUUAUAAUACUUUUAUCACUUGAUCGAAUUUACCAUUUUUUAAUUGCCAGUAAUCCAAGGGUUUUUUUUUUCAGUUGUUAGCGUGACAAUUAACAUUUCGACUUGAAAUCUAGUAUCGUGGUUACUAUUGUUAUUUAUUUAUUAUACUUGCUAAUGUGAUAUAGGAAUAAGAAGUGUUUUUAUUAGACAAAGAGCUGACAGUAAAAAAUAAAGUCAUUAAAGUUUGUUAAAAAAAUGAAAUGUGUUAAGGGGUUAACAUUUCGUCUACUAGGUAUUGUAAUAUGUUGGCCAAGGACCAUCGUACAGUCAUUGAUGUUGGCGGUUUAAAACAUGAACUUAAUAUCGACAUGCUUAAGUUAAAUAUAGGGAUGCACUGACCAGUGCUAAAGCAUACCUGGGGAUAAUUAUUAUAGUUGUAUUCUGGCAUAUGUCUGGACUAUCAAUAUGCCUAUAGGUUACAAAAGAAUUGGGCUAGAUUAGCAGCUACACUUUGUUGUGUUCUUAUACUUAAAUAGAUACUAUGGAAGCAAAAAUAUCUAAAGUAACUUUCAAACUAGUCUACGUGACCUUCUGGUAAUACAACACUUAUCAACCGUCACAGUGACGUGAUUAUGUUAUAUUUUCAACGUUUUAAAUAAACCACUCUAUUCCUUCUGAACGCCCCAUUAUCUAAUUUCGAAUUUUUUCUGCCAGCUCUCCGUUUGUAACAUUCAAGGACAUCCUUUUAGUAAAUAUUCAAAGAGUCAAAUUUUACGAUUUUUCUGUUGUCUUAAGAUUACAUAUGUAUAUGUUUUAGAAAAUAAAAAUGCUAUUUACAGUACAUAUGGUGCUACUUUAACGCACUAUUUGCAUAUUACGUUACUGUGUCGAACAUUUAAAGGCUCAUAUGUACUGUAAAACGUACGAUCCAUUUGCGAAUAGGUAAUUCGCAACUCGUGCCGAUUUAAAACACUCCCUUCGGUCGUGUUUUAAUUUAUCGCCACUCGUUUCGAAUUUCCUAUUUUUCGCACUUGUAUCGUAAUGUUAUAUGUUGGGGCAAUCGGUGUGUAUUUUUAUCUGAUUAAAAUAAAAUUAUUUAAUUGCC